CAAAGCAAUGCUCACGCGUUUGUGUGUGUUCUCUUUCGUACAACCGUAUGGUCUGGCUCCAUUCUCACGGCCUCUUGCCUUUGCGCCCAGCUGAUCGCUACCUCGUCGCACCGCAUCACCUCCUGUUCGGAGUGUUACACCGUUGCUUCAGCGCUCAUGGCCCGACAAGCGAACCUGCAACCUAUUCAGCCGAUGCCUUUGUCAUAGCCGGCCCUCGCAGCAAAUUCCAGGGCUGUGAGCGUUCUCCACGGGACGGUGCCGUGCAGUGGGGAUCGCUGAGCGAUCAAUCGACUCAAGGGCAGUGGGAAUCUUUUGGAAAGCGGAUGCGGCAUAGAGACAGUGGCAAUCCUGUCGACGUGCUCACAAACGGGGGUUGUCAUCAUCAAAAAUCGACUGAAUUCGGGAGCAUAUAACAGCCGCCACAGCACCUCUCGAAAAGAAAUACAGCCUUUCGGCUUUCGACGAUCACCUAAGUGUAGCGUCGCAGAAGUGAACGCGAGCU